AUGCCUCAAAUCUCCAUUCUCUGCUUCCUCCCCUCCACCCCGGUUCUCAUCCCUCUUCCACCACUGCAUCAGCAGCAUGUGCACCUGCCGGCAUUAACAACUCCCAACCGUUCAGCAAGCAAGCUCCCAACCUCUCUCUCCCCCUCCUCUCCCUGCCACCCAUCCCCCAGGUUCUCCUCCCUCUUCCAAAACUGCAUGAACGGCAUAUCCACAGCUCCCUUUGGCGUCAACCCACACUUCCUGCCCUCGUCCUCGCUCUACCUCCCUGACGCCUACGUGGCGCUCAACGACUCGUUAACCAGCGCUGACGUGGACACCAUGCAGCCAAUCGCGACGCGGCCUGACGGCGUGCCAUAUGGCUUCCAAGUCGCCAAGGUGAGUGCCUCUUCUCACCAGCCUCUUCUCGCCAGCCUCUUCUCGCCAGCCUCUUCUCACCAGCCUCUUCUCACCAGCCUCUUCUCACCAGCCUCUUCUCGCCAGCCUCUUCUGGCCAACCUGGCAAGAGCGUGGUGCCAGGCGAACGAGAAGGCAAACGAGAGGGUAUUCCCGGUGAUAUUCGACAUCAAUCUGGACAACGAGGCGGCCACGCAGCGCCUGCAGUAUCUAGCGGACAGCUUCUUCAUCGACAACGCCACACAGUCCGUGUCCGUCGCCAUGCUCACCUACAACGAUGCUUUUUCCUUCUCUUGCAAUACCCCCUGUUACACCCUCCACCCACCCACCACAGGCGACUCCAGUCUGUUUGUGUACACCACCGUGAAACUCAACUUUGAGAUCGGCGGCAAGAUAGCAGUGACAUACAAUGUGGACCCGGUGGACGUGGAGCUCUACUCGUCCAGUGCCGACUGUGCAGCUGACUGUGAUGGUGCUAUCGGGGGCAAGAUAGCAGUGACGUACAAUAUCGGGGGCAAGAUCGCAGUCACGUACAACGUGGAUCCGGUAGACGUGGAGCUCUACUCGUCCAGUGCCGACUGGGUGCGCCUCACAGUGUCGGUGCUGUACGUGUGCGCGGUGGUGUGGAACCUCAUAGAGGAGCUCGUUGAGGCGUUUCAGUGCUGGCUGGAGACAAGCAGGAUCACAUCAUACUUCCGAACGCUGUGGAACUGGCUGGAUGUCCUCUCACUCACCAUCCAGUUCAUCGGCAUCAUCAUGUGGUUCAUCAUAUCAGUGCAGAUGGCCGGAGGCUUCCAGGUGCAGCCUCGCUACGACAUCUACGUCACGGGAGACUCGCCCUUUGUCUGGCGGGUGAGUGGAUGCGACACACUACAUGUGUUGCCUCAUCUGUAUGCAUACUCCUCUCCUUCCAUCCAGGUGCAGCCUCGCUACGACAUCUACGUCACAGGGGACUCGCCCUUCGUCUGGCGGCUGCAGUACCCCCCGGUGGGCUACAAGCAAGCGCAGGCAGUAUACGACUCCAUUCGCAACCUCGUGCAGUGGCGCUCCAUCCUCGUGUCGCUGCAGGGCAUCAACGUCUUCCUCUUCCUCCUCCGUCUGCUCAAGCUGAUGGACUUCCAGCCGCGCAUCGCCAUCCUCACGCGCACCAUGGCAGCAGCCUUCCCCGCCCUCGUGCACUUCUUCCUGCUCUGGGCCAUCAUGUUCAUCGGCUUCUCUCUCUACGCCUACGUCGUGUUCGGUCGAACACUGGAGCAGUUCCAGUUCAGCACAGUGGCGAUGUCGAUGGUCUCCUGCUUCCUCAUCCUGAUCAGCCACAGCAGCACCGGCUACUACUUCAUCCCUCCCUCCUCUUGUGUCCAAAAAACUCUCCCUCUUCCCCCCAUUCAUCCCUCUCUCUCCCCUUUCGCAUUCAGCACAGUGGCGAUGUCGAUGGUCUCCUGCUUCCUCAUCCUGAUCAACGACAACAGCACGGGCUACUACUUCAUACAGCUGGAGGGGUGGAACCUCACAGCAGCCAUCAUCUUCUGGGUCGCCUACAUCAGUGUCAUGGUCUUCGUCAUGCUCAACGUGCUCAUCGCUAUUGUGGUCGAUGCUUUCUUGGAAGUCAGGGUAAGCUUCCUCAACCACCCCAACCACAUCAUCGCAUCAUUCUGGGAAGUGCAGGUGCCUUCAGUCCGUUCACACGCCUCCUCCCUUGCCUUCCCCCCUGUGCCAACCGUCCCUUCUCCGUCCCUGCCCCUCUUCACUGCCAUUGCCCUCUCCCUCAUCCCUCCAUUCCUUGCACCCAGAAUUCCACUUACAAAUCUACAGAAGAUUCACCGGCAUUUCCAGUGGACAUGUGGUAUGUCAUGUGCAACGUGCUGCUGCGCCUCUCAACGGACUACUGGAUACUGGAAGCAAGCACUGAUUCCACCUCUCUCAUCCUCUCCCUUCCUCCCUUCCCCCCCCCCGCCACCCCUUUCUUGCAACCAGAAAUCUACGGAAGAAUCGCCAGCGUUCCCAGUGGACAUGUGGUAUGUGCUGCGCAACGUGCUGCUGCGCCUCUCAACGGACUACUGGAAGCCAGGACGGCUGCAGCAGCACCUGCUCAUGCUGGGCGCAGAGGAUGUUGACGUUACGCUCGAGGAUUCAGUAGUGGCCAAGUCAGCCGCAGCUCUCAAAGAAGGGUUCAAUCGAGUCAACAAAUGGUGGAGAGGCUUCGGGAGAAGCAAGUUGCGCGCGCGCAGGGUGCUGCGGGUCGGCAAGCGCUGCUUGAAUGCCGAUGCGCUGCUGGGGGUGCUGGAGCGCUGUGCUGCCAACAAACCUCCUGGGAGUGACUCCGUGCGCAGAGGCUUCAGCUUCAGGCGCCAGGUGAGGGGGCUUUGGGCGGGUCAAGGCACAGGGUGA